AUGACGCUCCGUCCAGCUGCCAACAUCUGGGCCGGCAGCUUGGCUGCGCUCCUGGCGCAGGCGGGGAUGCCAAGCGCCGCCUUUCGGGAUCAGCCCCCCCCCUCGGUCUGUCUUCCUGCAGAGAAGGAGGAGAUCGACCACCCCAACAACAGCUUCAGCCCCUGCAGCAUCCAUGACCGCAAGUGCUUGCAGAAGCAGCAGGCGAAGAGGGUCAACAACGGCAACAAGAUGCGCAGCAGCGGGAGCCCUCACCACCGCGAGGACACGCGGCCCAUAGCACAGGGCUCGUGCCAGAGCGAGCUGCACCGGGCGCUGGAGCGGCUGGCGGCCUCGCAGACCCGCACCCACGAGGACCUGUACGUCAUCCCCAUCCCCAACUGCGACCGCAACGGCAACUUCCACCCCAAGCAGUGUCACCCGGCGCUGGACGGGCAGCGCGGCAAGUGCUGGUGCGUGGACCGCAAGACUGGGGUGAAGCUGCCGGGCUUCCUGGAGCUGAAGGGGGACUUGGACUGUCACCAGCUGGCGGACAGCAUGUGAGUGUGACCCCGCGCCGAGCGGCUGCCAGGGACAGGAGGAGAGGGGCCGUGAGCGCCGAGCGGGGCCCUGGUGCCGGGGCACCCCGGGGUGCACUCUGGACUGUGCUGCUCUGUGCCACGGGCUGCCCACGACCUGCGCCAUGACCACUACCCACCACUGCUGGGGAUCCUGGCACGCGCCAGCGGCCCCUCCAUCCCACAGGGACACAGCUUGGACCGUGCUGCCCCGGGGGCUGGUGUCGGCCUGCCCCGGUGGGGAGCACCCUCAACGCUGCUGCCGGUGCCCCGUGGUGCCCCCUCGGUUUUCACCCUGGCCCCUUGGGUUGCCCCCGACACCGUGGGGUGCUGUGGCAGGCCAUGCAUGCCAGACCUCUGCAUGGGCAGCAGGAGAAGUGCCUCAUCCUGCCCCUCCUGGCAGCGAGAGGCUGCCUAGGCAAGGACCGGGGGGCAUGGAGAGACCCCCCCACUGUUGCCCGCCCUCCCUGCCUGCAUCUUGCCCAAAGUGUGUGUGUGUGAUGGGCAGCGCAGCCACACAGAGCAAUAAGAGACCUUCCCCUCCCUGCUGCAGCCCCUCAUCCCCACAGCCCAUCCCCAUCCUGCUCCCUGUGCAGGGACAUAGCCCCCAACCCAUCCUGCCUCCCCCUGUCCCAUCCCUGGGGCGAGGAUGGUCCUCACAGGCAUUGAGUCCGAGGGGAGGAUGGGGGGGACAAGGGAGGUCCAGGAAAUGCAUCCCAGCAGGAAGAGCUUCUGGUCUGAGUUUUUAGUUUCUUCCCCAAAUUUUUUUUUUAUCAUUUAAAAAAUGCCAUUGGUGGGAUCUUAAAAGUGACCAUGUGGCCCCAAGGCUGGAAUUCUCCAACCCCAGGGACCAGGGGACUAUGGCAGUAGCUCCUGUCUUCUCUGCUUGGCCAACAUGACAAAACCAGGAAGGGUUCUGGAAUGUCUCCAUGAUGGGAUCUGCAGAUUUCACCAGCACAAAGUUCUCAGCUGAGAAAUUGCCACUGGUUUUGUAGCUAUUCUUUUUAUUUCUCUUUUCUUUAAGCUGGGCUGGAAAUUUUUCAUGUAAAAAUGCCGUGGCAAGUGUGCCAAAGAUGGAGGGGACUUUCCUGAUCCUCUCCUGACCUACCCCAGCUCCAUGGCCUCAGUGGAAGCUUUUGGUUUUCCAUGUAGAUUUGCCCUGGCCAAGGCCCCCUGAUGGGAACAAAAUGUUUCAGUUUUAGUGAAACGUUCUGCCCUCCUGACCCCCUCCCUGCCUGCCCCUGUGCCCUGCCAAAUCCCUGCCUGUCCUGGCACCGCCCCGGAUCCCUGCCUGCCCCUGUGCCCUGCCAGAUCCCUGCCUGCCCUGGCAACCCCCAGAUGCCCUGGUUGUCCCUGUGCCCUGCUGGAUCUCUUCUUGCCCUGGCACCCCCUGGAUCCCUGCCUGCCCUGGCUGCCUGUGGCCCUGCUCACACACAACUUCUAAACGGAGUCAAUUUGCCAGGACAGUCCUCAGUGGGGAGGGGGGGGUCCCUGCCCCUCUUCUCUCCCAGUCCCCCCAGUGCCACUGUGCCAAGGAUGGGUUUCCCAGGCUGCAGGAGGUGCUGCUGGGGACCAUGGCCAGUCAUGGUGCCAAUCCCAUGGUAGGGCACAGGGUGUGGUGGCAGUGCCAGCCCAGUGGUCUUGGCCACUUGGCCCCUCCCUGCCCACACCAGGGCAGAUCCAGCAGAGCCUUUCCCAGUUUGGGGGUUCCUGGGAAUGCCAGUGCACCAGGGCACAUUCUGUGUCCUGCUUGGAGGGCUCCAGUGUUUCGCAGUGUCUCUCCCGUAGUUUAGGGCUGUAUUUACACACGACCAUGUACCAGUGUCCCCCAUCCCCAGUGUGUCCCCCUGUGCCCAAGGGGUCCCUGUCCGUCCCUCCUGGGCCAAGCCCGUCCCGUUGGACUCCCGUGUAGCACCGACCCUUUUACAGUACACUUGAACCUUUGUAUCCUCAAAAAGAAAAAAAGGUAAUUACUAUAUUUAA